AGGCGCUGGGGGGGCAGCCCGGCCGGGGGGGGCACAGACCCUAGCCCUGCUCAGAGUGGGGCUAGCGCCUCUCUCCCCCCCCCUUCUCCAGCCACAGCCCCUCCCCUGCACAGGGGUCCCUGCCCGGCUGCCCUCCCCAGCCCCUUCCCCGCCUUGGGGGGCUCCUGCUCCAGCCAGCCCCCUGCUCCCUCACCCACCAUGCUGCCGAUCCGCUGCUGAGCUCGCCUGCACCCCGCUGUGGCGUGGGGGGGGCCCGCCCCCCCCCCCCCCCAGCAGCAGCAAACCCGAUUAAGAAUGACUGUCAAAGCUAUAAAAAUGUCGUGCACCACCCCAAAUGUUUAUACUAAAGUGCCUGAUGGAGGAUGGGGAUGGACUGUUGCUUUUGCUUUCUUUGUUGUGGAAGCACUUACAUACGGUAUUAUAAAAUCAUUUGGAGUCUUCUUUACGGAUUUGAUGGAAAGCUUUGAUGAAACCAACAGCAGGAUAUCGUGGAUAAUUUCAAUAUGUGUGUUUGUACUAACUUUUACAGCUCCCUUGUCUACAGUCCUGAGUAACCGUUUUGGUCACGGUCUUGUGGUGAUGGUCGGAGGUAUACUGAUCAGUAUUGGAAUGGUCACAGCCUCCUUUGCACGCACAGUUGUCGAGAUGUAUAUCACAAUUGGCCUAAUUUCUGGCUUGGGAUACUGUCUGUCUUUCCUCCCGACUGUCACCAUUUUGUCACAGUAUUUUGACAAACGGCGUUCACUGGUCACUGCAGUGGCAUCCACAGGAGAAUGUUUUGCUGUCUUCUCUUUUGCGCCAGCUAUCACCUCUUUGAAGGAGCAGAUUGGUUGGCGAUACAGUCUCCUGAUUGUUGGGGUGCUACAGUUAGGCAUUGUUCUCUGUGGAUCACUGCUGCGACCUAUUAUUAUCCAAACACAGGAAGAAGUGAAAGUAUUACCAACAGAAGCGCACACAGAGACUAAGUACAUGCUUGAAAAUGAGCAAACACGCACCUCAAUCGAUUCAAUUGACUCAGGAGUAGAAGUAUCUACCUCACCCAGCAGUGUGCCUGGAAACACCAAAGCAGAGCUGAAAAGUGAAGAACCAAAGGAAACCAUACAGAUGCUUGAUGAAGCUAGCAGCUCCCCGAAAGAACCAAAAAUCCAACUCCUGGACUUCUCUGUGAUGAAAGACCACGGCUUUAUUUGUUACGCACUUUUUGGUCUAUUUGCUACUCUGGGAUUCUUUGCUCCAUCACUCUACAUCAUUCCUCUCAGCAUCAGUCUUGGUAUCGAUAAGGAUCGUUCUGCAUACAUAUUGUCUGCAAUGGCCGUUGCUGAAGUCUUUGGAAGAAUUAGUGCCGGUUGGGUUCUCAACAAGAAGCCGAUCCGCAAGAUUUACAUUGAACUCAUAUGUGUCAUUCUGCUCUCCAUAGCUCUGUUUGCCUUCCCUCUUGCCUAUGGAUUUUGGGGAUUGAUGAUAUGUAGCAUAUUUUUUGGGUUCAUGCUUGGAACUGUAGCGGGCACACACAUUCCAAUGUUAGCCGAAGAUGACGUGGCUGGUAUUGACAGGAUGGCUUCUGCAGCUGGAGUCUAUGUCUUCAUUCAGAGUUUGGCUGGGUUGGCUGGACCACCCCUUGCAGGUGUGCUAGUGGACAUGACACAGAACUACAGAUCAGCAUUCUACUCCUGUGCUGCUGGCAUGGUACUGGGUGCUGUGUUUCUGUCCUUAGUAAGGCCAUGCAAGACAGUACUGUGUCAAGGUCAGAAGCAGGGCUUAGAAGAAAAUGCAUCGGAAGCUUUACAAGACAUACCAGAUGACUUUAUUGAAAUGGAUCUUGGAAAAAUAGAUGAUUCCGUAAGAAGCUGUGACAGCAUAGCAUAAAAAAGCUGGUCCUUAUAAAUCCAAUACACUCUGUAUUAAAUCUGGGGAAAACAAGUCAGCUCUGCUCCAUGUUCUAAAACUAUACUUCAAAGGGAAUGCAACAUUUUAAUGUGAAAAAGUUGCCAUCAACAACUAUUAUUUUGGAAAGAUUGCUUUUAUUUUUUUAAACCAGCAAUGGUAGGUUCCAUAUGAGAGAUGGCCAUGCAUUGCUAGCUACAUAAGAAUACUCCUGUCCCGCAUGAAGAGAUGUGGUUCAUAUUUCUGCUUUCCUAAUACAUGACACCUAGAAGUUCUACUGCUCUUAAGUGGAAAACAAAGUUGUAUGAAAGAAAAUCAGAAGUGGCCCCUACAACUAAAUCUAUUAGGUCACAAUCUUUGAUUGCCUGGCAGGCUUCCCAAACUGUAAAUCUUAUUCAAUCAACAGAAUAAAUAAUGCAGAAGAAAUUAUUUAAUAAAUAAACAUAAUUUGAACUCUUGAGUUUUCCAUCAGAAGAACAUGGACUCUUGUUUCAGAUCAUUGUAAGAAGACAUGGGGGCAGUAGGGUAGGCUAAUUAGUUAAAGUAGAAUUAUUGGUAAAUUGGUUUUUAGUUAACUUGAAUUUUGUAAAUGCUGGGAAGUUGGAGGUUACCACUUAUUUUUAUGGCCAGUUAUUACUGCAGAUAUUUCACUAUAAAGUUAUUUCUCUACAAACUAGCAUCCUAAGAAUCGUUUCCUGUUGCUAGCAAAAUGUACUGUCUUUAAUUUAAACCAGUAUUUAUUAUUUUUUAAGUUAUUCUAGGAUUGUUAAAGGCUAUCAGAUAAAUAAUUUGAAUUGGAGAGAAGAAAUAUCUUGAUUCAGCAGAAAACCUUUUUACCUCUUUGCAUCAAUUCUUUCAAUGCCUAUCAUGUAAACUCAGUUUUGUUUUGAAAAAUCACAAGUUGUUGUGAAUGCUGCCUGAUUUUACUAUGGUGGUCUUAGACAACUAUGCUCUUAAAAUAAUUCUGUGGUAGACUGAAUGCGAGAUACUAUCCAUCUUUUAAUAGACUGUAGGUCAUAGCCUCAGCUGGUGUAAACUGAUAUAGCUCCAUUGAAUAACACUAGCUGGGAAUCUGGUCCUGUAGGAUUAGCUCCUAAACAUACCUGCAACUUUCACUUACCACAGCUGCACAUAAAGGAAUCUUUGUGGCACUACUGAAUUAACAUGAAUAAAGUCAGUACAGCUAAUAUUAAAUAGUAAAGGCACUAGGCCAUUACCAGUAACCGUUUACAUUAUUAGAAUACAAUCAAUGUGUUCUUCAGCUUCUGUAGGCAUCAAAUAACUGGUCUUCUACAAUGGAAAGAAAAUCAUCACACUGGGCCCUACCUUGUUCCCAUUGAAGUCAGUGAGUUUUUUGCCACUCACUUCAGUGACAGCAGAAUUGGGUCCUUAUUGUGUUUCCUGUUUUAUUACCUGUAAAGAAGGGAAUUCUGAAAGACAACAAACUGGCUGUUCACUCACUCUUAUUUUGGUAGAUUCCUUUAUGCAUUAUUAUGCCACUCGGCAACUCAGGGGGACAAGUAAAAAGUUUGUUUGGUUCUUAGUACACAUACAUCUUGACAUGUUUCUCUGUAUUUAAGUGGAAGUGGCACUGUAUAUUAACUGCUAUGCUAACAUGUCUGUAUUUUAUCAGCCAUAGAAAUGUGGGACAAUCUGUAUAAAACUCCUCUCUUUAGGAAGGUGUCUUUGUUUAAACUGUCUUAGAUGUCCAAAAAGAAACACAUUCCUGCAGCAACGUGGCUAUAGCAAUCCAUUGUUACUGUCUGAGAACUAGUGAGACUAUGCUGCAGUUUUGUCUUUUUUUUUUUUUAAUAUGCCUUCAGCACUUUAUCAUGUACAGCAGAACCUCGCUAAAUUGCAUGAAUGACUGGAAGAUCCAUUGUACAUGACUAGAUUUUGUGAGUUAGCGGGUAAGUGAACAAACACAAUACCACAUCAUAAAACUGUAUUUAUUUUUGUAAAUGUUUAUUUUUAAUUUAUGCUAAUGUUUCUGGCAUGCUGGUAAAUGUACUGUAGAAUAUAAUUGUAAAAUUAAUGAAGUCUUAGUAAUAUGAGACCUCACUACAGCACUUUGCUAUUAUAAACUUGUUUAGAAGUGGGAGAGGCUGCCAGGUUGUGUGUGUGAGAAAACUACCUGUUCUGCAGAUUAACGAGGUUCUACUGUCACUUUUUUUACAAGGAUUUCCAAUACAGAUUCAAUAAUAAUGUCUAUAAAUGGCUGCACAAUAAGUUUCUGUUUAUGUCCAUAGCAUGAGCAGGCACGUGUAUGUUCGCAUGCAUAUGCGCACAAAAGACCCACAAAAGCAGGCUUUAACGCGUUCAAAACAGGAUUUGCUGGUUUGUUCUGUAAUGUAUUUAGUGAAGUCUGGAAGUGAUAUAAAAUACUGAGUUUUACAAUAAAGUUUUUUGAAAAACAAAA